GAACGUCGCAGAGAGUGUCACGGUGCAAAAAACGAUCAAUGGCUCUCAGGUAUAUAACUCCGAUCGGAGGGAAAAGCUUAAUAUCGCUUGUUUACAAAGCUUGGAGGAUGAAUUCGGUAAAGUUUGGAAUCGUCUACGGAGAAGUGACACACUAAAAUCUCAAUACAUUCCGCGAUCGCGAGACAUGAGAGUGAAUUGUCGGAGGGUCGCUUUCCUGAUUUUGGUGUCUUACUUCGUGAUCUCUUGUUACACCGGCUUUCUGUUGAUUCAAAGACGCAGGGCUCUGGCGACAUAUGAAAAUCAACGGAUCCAAGCACUGACAGAAGUUUCAGAUGAUACUGGGAACCCAGGCAGACAAGGGGAACAACUCCAGUAUCGGCAUCAGUAUCCCAGAAUUCUCUGGAAUCUGGAGGAUGAUCAGGGCCUGGUUGCCAUGGGAAACCAUACCAAACCGGAGUUUGUCGUGGAAAUAUGGGGGAAAGCUGCCAUAAGCCUGUAUCUGUGGCAACAUAUCUUUGAUGCAGAUCUAGGACCACGCAUGGGAGGUGUAUGGAGUUAUGGAACGAAAAGAUUCCAAAAUAUAGAGUUUAGAUACAGAACAGGACCUGGUGUAACUCCCUCUAAAGUGCCAAAAGACACCCAGAACCUCGUUCUGUCUCUUAAUGUCCGUGACUUUACAAAGAUCGACACUGCCAAAGCCUGGCUGGAUGCCCUCGCUGGCUUCCCGCAACUCAAGAAUGUCGCCGUGCUUCUACUGGGCAACGAACAGUGUGACAACGAAUGGAUCAAGUCAUAUUUGGCUGCCAAUAAUGGCAGCGUAAAAUUCGUGUUUGUUGUGUACGACAGCCCAGAUGUAGACAACAAUAUCUUUUAUCAGUGGCCACUGGGUGUUGCAACGUAUAGAAAUUUUCCCAAAGUGAAAAGUGCCUUUAUUCCUACAUCAAUUCAGAGAAAGCACAUGUGUAACUACAUGGGUACAAUAUAUGUCAACUCCUCCAGACAGGUGCUCCUUGAUUUGUUGUCAACUCCGGAGAUGAAGGAUAGAUGCUACGUCAAAGUUCGUCACGAAUGGUUACCAGAGGAGUCGGAGCACUCGAGAGACAACUACCUUAAAGUAUUAGCUCACAGUGAUCUCACACUUAAUCCUGUGGGGAUGAAUCCCGAAUGUUACCGCAUUUACGAAGCCUUAUCUUACGGCUCCAUCCCAGUGAUAGAGGACGUCCUCACGCCAGGGAAUUGUGGGAAUUCGUCAGGAUUCUCCGUAAGUGCCCCACAUAGACUACUGAAAUCUGAGAAAGCCCCUGUGAUAUUUAUCAAGGACUGGCAAAAGGAACUGCCCACCAUUCUUGAUAAAGAAGCCAAAAUGACCUUGGAGCAGAAGUCCAAACGCAGGAAAGAUGUGCUGUUGUGGUACGAGAAUUUUAAAGCCAAAAUGAGGAAACGUUUUGUAUCUGUGAUUCAGGAGAAGUUUUUUGGUGUUCAUCAGUUUAUCUGAUCUUCUUAUAUUUUAAAAAUAUUUUUGAACCAUUUUUACUUGGUCCUUAAUAAGAACCAUAUUUGUUAGAUAUCAUUGAUGCUAGUACUUAUACUAGUACAUGGUUGUACUUAACUAUAUUUAUGACCAUUGUGUCCAAAAGGUUAGCUUACUUCAGUUAAAAAUUGCUCUCUUGUAUUUGACUUUUUAAAUGUAGAAAAAUGUAGUAACAGUCUUCAUUUGUAAAAGUGUUUGUCCCGUAUAUAACAUAUUUUUGUACACCAUAAGAUUCAAUUUGUUUUCACACUCAGAUAACAGCAGAAUUUUUAAUGCUAACCAGGCACCAUACCAUAUAUUUUAAAAAGAUAACAAAAAAUCUUUAAAUAAAUAUUAUGAAUUUUCUUCAAUUUGUUAACUGGCAGUCUGGCAAUGUGUGCAAUAUGGUAUUCAGUAUAAUCAUUAACAGUGAAUAAUUUUACAAAGUUUAAACAGUGAAUGCUGUCAAUUUUGAGCUGAGCAGAUAAGAUAUCAUUUCUUUUUGUGAUUUAAUGAUAGACAUCAUACAUGUUUAUUACCUAUUCAUUUAUCUGUGUUGUAGCAGUGAAUUUACUUCGAGUGUUGCUCUUGAAACUUCAGAACAUGUGUUAUAUUGAAAUCAAUAUUGAACUGUAGUGAACAAGGUUUAACCUGACUUGGACAAGUUUUGUUAGAUCUCAGUUUGUUAUCGAUCUGGUAUAAGUAUAAUAUAGACAUUUCUAAAAUAUACGUGAAUUAAGUUACAUUGUAUUUUGGGUAAGAGAAAUAACCCUUACUGGGUUGAACUAUUAUGGUCAAGUUUGGCCAAAGAAAAAUGAUAAUUUUAUAAAUCGUUAUUUUAAGAUGUUUUGUGCAGUAUGACAGAAAGGAGUUUUGUUUUGAUUUCUUUUGGCAAAUUUUCUUGAGUGUCGUAUGGCAGUAAAAUUGAUUAAUUAUGCAGCAUUUGAAAUUAUAUCAAAAAUUUUUGGCAGUUAAUUGCAACCCAGUUUUUUCCCUGUAAAUCACAUGGUGGAAUUGUAUGCAUCUUAACAUGUUUAAUUUCAAUUUAGAUUUUAACUUGAAAGUUAAUUAUUAAGAAAGCCAACAAAAAUAAUUGAGCGAUGGGGAACAUUAAACUUUGAGAUACUGAGAAAUAUUGUUAUUGAAAACUUGACCAGGAGUUGAGUUGAAUUGUUUGACAGUUCCACGUUUUUAGAGGUACAUGUAUAUAUAUUUUAUUUUUCUACAGUUGUCUCAAAAAGACAUAUUUAUAAUGUUAAUAAUUAGUGUGUCUAGUGAACACUGAUUGUACAUAUACAAUCAAACUUCGUUGUCUCGAACUAGAUGGGACUGUUUAAUAUCUUAUAGAUAUCAGAGUAUUCGAGAUAUCGAGGGUAAAAUACUUGAAAAAAUAAGUGGUUUGGACUUGAAAAUCACUUCAACAUAUCCACUGUAUUCGAGAUAUUAGUGUUCAAGACAACAAAGUUUGACUGUACAUUUUACACACAACUGUGAUGGAGUUUUUUUGUUGGCCAUACACUAUACUAAUGUUCCAACUCAAUGGUUAUUCCACUAUAUUUAAUGAUCAAGUCAUUUGAUGAUACAUGUAUAUGUGUGAGAUUGUGAAGUCAAGUAGUGAUCUUAUGAUUCAAAGGCAGCUGGCAAAGAAAAAAGUUUAACCUUGUGGAAUCGUUCAUAGCUUUAAUUCAUUAACUUGGCAUGUAUGUAAAUUUGAUGUGUUUUUUGUUGGUUGUAGGUACAUGUAAGUGGCACAAACUUGGAUUAAAUGUAGACAUCCUCUUGUUGAGACAUAAUUACAUGUGAUCCAUGUGAGCAUGCUGAACAAAAAAUUUCAUUCCUUUCCCAUGUUGCACACAACUUAAUUUUGCCUUCAAUUUGGCAACAUAUAUUCAGGAAUGUGCAUUUGGUUUGGUUUAGUACUUUAGCUGAUACAGAGCUUGGUAUAGAGUUUAGUUAGUACUCUUCUAUAGAGAUAGGGUUUUAGGAAGUUUACGAGUAUUUUAUUGCACAAAGGUUCUAGACCUCUGAUAGACAGCUUGAUAUCCAAGUACAUAUACAUGGAGGGCCUCGUGUAGGAACAUAUAUUGGGUAAUGGGAAUACAGCUUGGUGAAAGAUAAUGAGAUUCCUUUGCCAAAACAUCUCCAUGUUAAAUGUGGAGAAACAACUUUCCUUUUUCAAAUUCUAGAGUUUAGUGCUUAUAUAUCUCUUUUUCUACAUGUCAUUUGUUGAAUUUAAGAGUUAGAAAAUUUUCUCAUCAGGACAUUUAACAUUUGCAUGUUCAACCCUUUGCAGUUUCACUUUAUUUUUGAAUGCUUUUCAUAGAUGAUAGAUUUCAUACGUGUAGUUUCAGCAAUGGUACAUAUUUUUUUAGGGAGUUUUAGUGGUGGUAACUGAGUUUGGUUGUGGGUUUACAUGAUCUAUUGAUACUGGUACAGCAGAUUGUGAAUUUUUGUUCCAAUUUGUCAUAUGCUUUAUAUCUGAUAAGUAUAUUGAAAAGCUAGCUGAAGAAGUAUGAUUUUACGGUGAUUAUUAAUUAUAUACUUUUGGUUGAAAAGUUGUACAAUGAAAAAUGGGAUGUGUUCAAUGUUUUUUUCCCUCUAUAUUUUACGUCAUGUUAUACAUUUUGACUUCUAGGAAGUUUAGCUACUAUGCUGCACUGGUAUUAUUCUGCGUUUUGUAUCACACUGACAGUUUGAAACAAGUUGUGUGUGUUAAAGAAAAGAAUAGCCUUUUUUAUUUAUUUUUCAUUAAAUUUUGUGAAAUGGUAAUUAUGAUCUAUACAACAUCAUGCUCUACUAAAUCAUUGUGAAAUUGUUGUAAUGUUGGCCAAGUAUUGUUUGAACAUUUUAUAUCGUAUCAAAUCACUGCCUUCAUUUUAAGGGAAAGGAACACAGUAAAGUUCAGCAAGAUUUUAUUUUUUUUUUUUUUUUUGGGGGGGGGGGGGAUACAAGAUAAUUACUCACAUAAAUUUACAGUUUACCCAAAAGUAUGUAUGUGAUAUGAAAUGUCUCAUAGAAAAUUGCGACUGCUACUGGUUAUCAUUCGAGUUGAACAAAUCAAUCAUGCAUAAACAAAUUUAGAAAACUUUUUAAUAAUUUUGAUUCAGUCUAUUUGAUUUUUGUGUGGACCAAUUUAUGUUUAUUCUCAUGAUAGCUGAUUUCCUGUAUUUAGCAUAUCUAUCAAACACAAAAAUUUUAUAUUUAUAUACACUUCAUAGAAGUAUACAUAUGUGAAUGAAUGAAUAGUUUAUUUUAUUUUUAGUUAAAAUAUGUUCUCUUCUAUGAUGCUAUUGAUCAACUAGGCCUAAAUAGAUAAGCAGUUUUGUUUUUUGGUUUCCCUACAAAUCCUGAAAUAUAAUCUCUGACAAACUAUUUUUAACAAAUGUUUCCCUGAAAGAAUCAUAUUGUGUUCAUUCUCAUCUUUGUCUUUUCGGUGUAAAUCAAGGAAACGCUCUUACAAUGUACCAUCCAAUCUGAAAUUAAGUAUCUUUGGGAUGUUUUAUGAGGGACCAUCUGACAGGCCAUUUUAGAAAAUAAUAUUAAAAUGAUAAAAUGUUCUCCCAUAUUUCAUCCCAUAUUUUAUGUUCAAGUAGGAAUAGGAAACUCACUUAUUUUGGCCUUAUAUUUACAGCUGCAUGUAGAUCAUUUUAGGUUGUGAUUUGACAUGAAAAUGCGAAAGGUGUAUUUUUUGUUAGUUUUGUUUAUCUGAAAAGAAAUAAAAAGAGAAA